CCAUUUACAAUAAAUCGUAACGCGAUGUUAACUGAAAGAAAGAUAUGAGGUCCAAAGAUCAGCUCAACAAACUGAUAAAACUAUUCGAGUUUUGAAAACGAAAGUGUAAUGGGGUUUGCAUUGUAAUCCCUCUUUAUAAAUGAGAGCAUAUUCAGUUCAGUAAAUUAAACUAUAUUUCAAUUCAUUAAUGAACGCUUCAACGGUUUCAUGAUUAUGCCGCGACCAUAUAGCAACCUUCUGUGUUUUUCUAAAUACAAUUUACCAAAAACGGAUGCGGAAGAAAUCAAAAUGGAAAACCCAGAAAAAAGCGAUGGACAUGACGGCGCACCCGCUUCGACUUACGAUGAAAGAGGACGGACCAGCGAAAAAGAUUGUCCCAAGUGCAAAACAUAUUUGGAAGAACUAAAGGUCCGUGAGAUUCAAAUGAGGAAUAUGGUCGAUGAAAAACAUAAAUUCGCUGAAGAAAUAAAUGAGCUGAAUGAACACAACCACACCGUACAGAUGGCCUCCGAAAAACUUACUAGGAAAAUGGCAAACGUUUUGGAAAACAGCGAAAAGUUAGAACGUUUGGACGAUGAAUUUGCGAACAGUAAACUUUCUGGUCGAUUUGAUUCAGACAUCAAAAAGUUAUGGGAGGAUUUGAACGAGGCGAUUGUUGAUGACGAUCAAGACAUUAGUGAAAUUCAUCGUUUACAAACGGUUUCCGAUAUAAUGAAGGAUGUUUAUGAAAGAUGCAAAGCCAGGGCAGAUCGACACAUCAGACAAUUUUGUUUUCUUGAAAAAUCCGAACAACUGCCUGAUCUGAUGGAGAAUAGCGAGUAUGCUAUAAUCUUGAAGUGGAGACGCAUAAAUGGCCAAAAGGAGUCGACGUUAGCUGAUGUGAGAAAGGACAUAACUAGUGAAGUUUUGGACGCACUAUCAUCAAGAACAUUGAAUAAAAAAAGUUCAGAGAAAUCAAAAACAUUGUUAACAAAAUUUAUUGAAGAACUUGCCGAAUGCUGCUGGUUGAUAGCGAUUUCAAAGCCAUCGCUGUGUCUUAACUUUGAAGUUGUAGGACAGAAAUACAAGAAUCUUGAAAACAGAUUUGUUGCCAUAGCAACUGAGGACAAUAUCACCAGUUCUGACCACCCUGAAGGGUCGGUCCAUAUGGUUGUUUGGCCCUCCGUCGAGCUGAAGGAAAGACAAACGGGCUAUUUGCUGAAAGGGGAAGUAAUCGUUGUGUCAGAGAAAAAUCCGAAUUAAACAAAGACUAGAAUGAAACAAACUGUGGGCUUUGUAAUAUGCAGAUUCGACAUGUUUUUUUUUAUCCGUGCUAGUGUAAACAGUGUUUUUAUUCUGUAUUAUGGAGGAAUUCCAAACAAAAGCAUUGCACUAGACUAAAAUGUUUCGUAUUUGUGUUUAUAAGAGUCGAUUAGUUUGAAUUAUAAAACGCACGUGGUAUCUAAAACGCCAUUUGUAUACCUAUCUAAGAGCAAAUCGUCUAUCGUUACACGAAGGGAUUGGGUCCUCCUAAAUCAGCUGCAUGUUUUCAUUCACCUUCUUUCAUAAUUGAGGAUCUAUGAGUGGUUUUGCCCAUAUAUAUUUUCACUGGAAUGUUUGAUAGAUUACUUGAUUUAAAAACACUUUUGGAAAACCGACGGGUUACUUCUUUUGAAACACCUCCUGUCUAUUGCCCUACAGUCACAGAACUUGUUGCUCCUUUUUAACACUCCCUGUACAUUGCCUUUCAAUCACACAACUGGUUGCUACUUUCAGAUCAUCCCUUGUAUAUUGUCCUUAGUCACACAUCUAGUUGCUACUUUUGGAACAACCCCUUUACAUUGCCUUCAAGUCACACAACUGCAAGAGAUAACGGGACUCCACAGGUAGCGUCGAACUUUCUUCUAUUGAGAGUAUGUCACUACAUGACAAAAUCAACAUAUUAUUUUCAUGAUUGAUGGCAUAUAGAAAUCUCAAACGAGUAUAGAACAAAUACAAGACAAUGUGAAAAACAUUAACCAAACAGUUCAUGAACAGGAUGAAAAAAUGUUGGCCCUUACAUACAAAAUUAUUGAUCUAGAGACCAAGAGACUCAUACAUGGGCUUGAGGAGGUUGCCAGUAAAGACAUUUAAGAUGAGGUGAAUGACAUCAUCUAUGACUACCUCAACAUGGACCCAGGAGACCUGUUAUCAUUCUUUCACUCGGAUGUUAUCCUUGUACUGUUUAAAAUAUCAUUGUUUUGUAAAUAAGUGAAUAAAUUUGAGUCAAAGUGACUAUAUGUAUGUGUUCGCUCUUCGCUCGCUCCUCUUUUUUGUUAAAUGCAAAACAUUUUUUUUUUAUUAUUUCGCUUGCUCGCCCCAUUAUUUUUUGGA